AUGACGACAACCACUUGCUCUUGCUCGAUCGAGCUAUGCUCUGUUUCACUGCCUCUGCCGCGAUAUCAUCUGCUAGAGAUCCCCAACGAGCUACUUCACCUCUUCGACCCGUCGGUCAAGAAACAAGAAGCACCGGAACACGCCACGGAACCAGCAGCAAAGAAGCGCAAGGUCGACCCGGCAAGACUCACCAUCAAAGGUAGAUACAACGACCAGGCUGUGCUUGUAAGCGACACCCAGACGCUGGCCUUGCGAGCGGUAUCUCAGUCCAACUCUCUGUUAUUGUGCAGCAUCGAUGCAGCUCCAACCAACAACGAGGGCGACCAGACGCCCAAGAAUGCCGCGCUGUACUUGCGCAGCAAUGUUACAGACACGUUGGAGCUCGCACCCGUCGUGCCUCGUCUGGACCGUUUGAUCGGACUUCUGAAAGCGUCGCAGUACGAAGGGGAGGACGAGGAACAGAGGAGGUCAACAGGCGCAGCGAGGCCGGUGAGAAAGUACACGCUCAAGCAACUCAAGAGCAUCGUCCAGGCGAGCCCGGCUGAGCUCGAAGCGGGAUUGAUCCACCAUCAUAUCAUCGAGAUGGAUGGAUUUAUGCGACACAUUUCGCCCUCAUGGACCGUUUCUGCCCUUCAAGUCCUCAUCUCGCACCUUGAUCUGCAUGCACUCAUCCCUGACAACGUUCCUCUGCAAGAGACGGUCGAUGCACUGUACACAGUUCACGGCCUGCGGCAACAGGUAGUCACGGCUCUACUUACGCAGUUCUUUGGAACUCGCAGUACGAAAGAUCCCACCAGAGUCGAACUUGACACCAAGGCAAUCGUCCAUUUUCUUGGUGUGCAAGCGCUCAAAUCCACCGCUCGUAUCGAGAUUCCUCUGAGCGAGUUUGUGCAUAUUUGGCACGAGUCGUGCCUCUCAGCCGAUUUCCGCUCUAUGGCCCACCUCGAUCUGCUGUCUGGCUACUACAUCCUGACGCCCGCGCCGUCACCGAGCGUCUCGCUCUAUCCGAACCCUGCCGCGGUCAAGAUCCAAUUCUUCUCGUACCAUGAACUUCCGGCUGAUCCAGCGGCGAGAUUUCAAGAUUUGUUCCUCACCAGACCCUCGUGGCUCGCAGCCGAUCUUCUGCCUUUUAUCAACGAUCUCGCGCUCGACGAUAAGAAAAAAGACAGCCUGCUGCUCAAGUUCACCAGAGCUAGCAAGACCAAAGUGCUGGAUUGGGAGUUGAGCGAUGCCGAAAAAUGGCAGUGGAACAAACAAAAGAAGGUCACGGGCGCUGAUGGCAAAGCGAAAAACGUUUGGAGGCAGGUCGUCAUGUAUUCUGCACGUGUAAAGUAUUAG